GGUGUCCGGCGGGCUCCCCCAGGGGGCGCCUACGACGGUGCUGCGUUCGCCGAACAACGUGCAGUUCUACACGGUGACGAGUCAGCGGAUCAGCGCGGGCGGGGGGCUGCCGACGUCCCCCAUCGCGAUGCUGGCUCCCUCUCACCACCACACGUCGCCCAUAGGUUGGUCUGGUCGCGGGGACAUCAUGUCGACCUCGAUUCCGGAGAUGGACACCGACAACACUCAGUACUUCGCUCGCCUCCACGAACUACCGGCGCCCUCUCCCUGCCCCUCGCACCACAGCAGCACGGGCGGCGGCGGCGGCGGCGGCGCGAUCGCGUCGUCCCCGACCCACGGCCUCAUCGACCCCAAGAGGGCGCCACACUACGACAGCCUCGGGCGGAGCCGCGCGGCCACCGGACAGCGCAUGCGCAUCCCGUCCAAUCAGAGCGUCGCGUCGAAGUCGAGCGCGGGAAAGAUGUCGGGGAGUUCGACGGACCGAAUUUCGUCGUACAGCGCCGACACCAGGGGGAGCCCCAUGCUGAUGUACCCGCCACCGCCCGAGUACUGCCCGCCCCCGCCGGCCGAACACAGACCCGUCAAGAGGCCGUCGCCGGGAGACGUGCGUAACAUCUACAUAGAGAAGAGCUCGGACCCGCUCGGCAUACAGAUCCUGGAGGCUCGCGGAAGCGGCGGCAUCUUUGUGAAGACCGUCAACGCCAACAGUCUUGCGGCGAUGGCAGGCCUGCAGGUCGGAGACCAGCUGCUAGAGGUGUGUGGGAUCAACAUGAGGAGCGCUAACUACCAGCUCGCGAAGAUGGUGCUGCUGCAGUGUGGAGACUCCAUCUCCAUGAAAGUGCAGUACAACCCCGACAAAUACAAUGAGCAAGGUGAACAGCCGUGCAGCCAAUCCAACGACGGCGAUCUUCCGCCCAAUAUAGAGGGCGCUGACACGUUACGGAGGGAGCCACCGCUCCCGCUCGCCUCGUCCAUCUACCCUCUGUCAAACAUCCGACCACUGACGUUGUCGUCGUCGGCUCCGCCGCUGCCGCCUCCCGGUUCCGAGCUGCCCCCGUCGGAGCCCCGCAUUGUCUUCCUGAAGAAGGUGGCGUCGAGCCUCGGCGUGACUCUGAUUGGUGGGAACGCGGUGGGAAUCUUCGUUCACGCCGUGAAGCAGGACAGCGUCGCCCACGCGCCGGGCGGACUGCGCUGCGGAGAUCAGAUACUAGAGAGUACAACAAGGGUGAGACAGGAGCACGUGCAGGAGCAGGCCGGCGACUCGUUCUACGUGCGAGCGAUGUUCGACCACGCGCGCGAGACGGACGACGAACUGUCGUUCAAGGCCGGUGACAUUCUCUACGUUGACAACACGAUGUUCCACGGCAUCCCGGCGCGUGCGCGCGCGUGGAUCGUCGACCGCACGCCCAGAGAAGCAGCGACUUACUCUAGUGUUUCGCUGAACAGCGAAUACUCGGCGUCAACGACCGUCGACGAUAUCAUCCCAACGUAUCAGAAGAUAGAGCGAGUUGACUGUCACGUUCUGCGGCCCAUCGUUCUCGUCGGCCCCCUGGUGGAGAAACUGGCGGAGAAGUUGGUUCAGGAGUUCCCUCACCAGUUCUCGCGAAGCGUCCCCGAGAUUAAGAAAGCGUCCGAGCAGGCGAUGGAGAGAGGCGUCGCCGACAACAACUACAUCGACUUCCGACGACGCGGCACGCACUUUGAGUGCAUCACCGUAUCGUCGGUGAAACAGGCCUGCUCUAAGUGCACGCUCGACUGUCAUCCUCGCAGAGCCACACCUGUGGAUGACAAAGGUCGCUCGCUCUCGUGCGGUCAUAUCACAGUACGCCGCAACGCCCGGCCGCGCGGCGAACCAACCCCAAGACGCCCGCACCCGUGUACAGAAAGGCCGCCCCGAGCUGUCAUCCCCGGCGGUCCGUUCAACCACAUGUGCAGAUCACUGAAGCAGGUCGUGGAUCACGAGCAAGGCAGGAGCUUCUGGGUUCCCUCGCAAGGCCUCUGA